UGUCUCUUGUCUAUUCAGGAAUGAGAAGUGAUGGCCGGCUCUGCAACCGAGGAGAAAACCUUCCGAAGGUUCUUGGAGCUCUUCCUCCGAGAAAUGAGACCACCACUCCAAGAGAACGACCCCGUUCCAAUGCGCCCUUUGUCGGACCUCACGUCGGAAGACGAGGUGGAAGGGGAAUGCCUCGAUAUGUGUCUUCAGCACCUGUGCAAAUAUAACUGCCCCUUCUCCCUGGCGGCUGCCCUGGCACGCUUCACAGCAGACAGUGUUCUCCAGAGUGACCUCUCCAUCUACCACAUCCAGAAGACUGUUGAGGAUGGAGUAGACCCUUUCCCCCAGAUUGAGUCGGUGGCCUUUGCCCGUCUGGUCUUCAACAAGCUGUGUGAAACAUGCUGCCUGUGGCUGAAGGACUUCCCUUACCGCCGACGGCCUCAGCCCUAUUAUGAGACCUCCAUUCAUGCUAUUAAAAACAUGCGUCGCAAGAUGGAGGACAAACACAUCGUCAUCCCAGAUUUCAACACUCUAUUCAACAUACAGGACCAGGAGGAGCAGGCCUUCUUCGCCGUGUUCGAUGGCCACGGGGGCGUGGAUGCUGCGAUCUACGCUGCCAAUCACCUCCACGUCAACAUGGUACACCAAGAGUGCUUCAGUCAGGAUCCGGGCCAGGCCCUGUGUCGCGCCUUCAGAGUCACGGACGAACGCUUCAUUCGGAAAGCUAAGAUGGAGAACCUGCGCUGUGGCACCACCGGGGUGGUGACGUUCCUGAGAGGGCGGACUUUGUACGUGGCCUGGCUGGGGGACUCUCAGGUCAUGCUGGUGAAAAAGGGCCAGGCCGUGGAACUGAUGAAGCCUCACAAGCCUGACAGAGAGGACGAGAAGCAGCGUAUUGAGGCUCUGGGCGGCUGUGUAAUCUGGUUCGGCACAUGGAGGGUUAACGGCAGCCUGUCGGUAUCCAGAGCCAUAGGUGACAAUGAGCACAAGCCUUACAUCUCUGGCGAUGCCGACCACCACAUCGUGGAGUUGGACGGCACCGAGGACUACCUGAUCCUGGCCUGUGAUGGCUUCUAUGACACAGUCAGCCCCGAUGAGGCGGUGCGUGUGGUUAACGACCACCUGACGGAGAAUAACGGAGACAGCACCAUGGUGGCCCACAAGCUGGUGGCCUCUGCCCGCGAUGCCGGCUCCAGUGACAACAUCUCCGUCAUCGUGGUCUUCCUAAGAGACCUCCGUGUGCCCCCGCCAGGAGAGGAGGAGGAAGAGGGGGCGGAAGAGGAGGGAGAGGAGAACGCCGUGGAGGAGGAAGAACAAGGGGAAAUAGGCGGCCAGGACGGGGCCAACACGGACGCUGGAGGGAAGGGCCACUGUUUCCUGCAGCAGUGCUCUGCUCCGGCUGACCUGGCAUAUGAAGAUCGCACGGACUCAUUGACUGACAGGACCAGCCUGGGUCUGCUGGGGCCCAUGCUGGGAGACGAGGGUUGGAUCCGGCUUCCCCCGGCAAGCUCACACCCUCCCCGCUCCUUAGCCCUCACGCAGAACCUCCUGCCCAAUGAGGGCCAUGGGGGGAUUUGGUUGCCUGAACCCUGCUUUCCCAUCUCCCAGAAACCCAGCUCGGAUGGACAAUGGUCCUUGGCGGCCGCUCUGUUUGGCCAUGCAGGGAGGCGCUCCCGGAGGAUGGAGCACGUGAGCCCCAGGUGGGGUUGGGGAUCCCGGCGUCGGGGCAGAGCCCCAAGGAAGCUCCCUGGCCUGCUGCGCUCCACCUGUUGUGUGCCCCACCCUCAGCGCUGCUCCGUCAGGAGGCCCGAUGUGGCCCAGCCCCACCUGCCCUGUGACAGUAGUCUGAUGAUGUGACCUGACCUCCCUGCUCCCCUGCCCCUUUCUUUAUCCGAUAGUCAUUCAUGCAUCCAUCAUCAGCUCUUCAUCCAGGACACUGGCCCCAUACCGGGCCUCCGUCUGAACCUACCCCAACCCACAGCCACACGGUCCCUUUCCAGCCAUCACAGUUCCUGCCCCCAGCCCAUAUUGCAAACACACACUACCGUGCUCUUACUCAUAAUGGAACACACAUUAUCCUCCCACUCCAUAUUCAUAAAUGGGAGUACUUAAUAUAGGAUUAUAAGAUUAGUGGUCACUUACCUGAAUAAUUCCAGCAUAUAUACAUAUAUACAUACACAUAUAUAUAUGUAUGUAUUCCAGUUGGGGGUUACAGUAGAUGAUAAUGACGUUUAAGGGAUAUUAUUUUAAAAUGAAUCAUAAUUUGGAGUAUGACGUCAUCUAUGAGCAGACAUUAGUCAGACCUCGCCAUGCCUGUCAAAUUGACUUAACGUUUACAUGUACUGUUACUGAACACAAGAUGUGUCCUGAUUACCGAGAAGUCCUUCCCAACAGGCUGGUUCUAAGUAAGUGCUCUAUCAGGCAUUGCUAGACUUAUUGGGCCAGGAUAGUUCAGACCAAACAGCAGAACAUGUGCCUUCAGUGCUUGUCACCUAAAGGAGAAUUGAACUUUUUGUCAGAUGGUUCUUCACUCUGUCAUGGGACAUUUGAGCCUCAGUCUCUGCAUGAGGACCCCAAAACAAUAUGGACCCAGGUGUUUUGUAAAGCUUACAGGGGCAACUUAACCACCCGUUAUGCCGUUUAAUAAUUCCUCUUACAACAAAGGUAUUCAUGUCUGGUUUGAAAAGAAUAGUAAAUUUUUCUACCACCAUUUAUUUAAAUGUUAAUCCAGACUAGGGCUGGGAUUCAUUCAGGCCUGCCAAUGUUUGCACAUUGUCCUCUCAUUUACAACACUCUGCCCAUGCAUUGUCACUGCUAAUUCUGAAAGGUGUGAGGGUCGCUCCGGUUGGAGUGGUAGUUAAAUAUACAGUACCCGAGACCAAUCUGUGAAAUCAUUGAAACAUUGUAAAAAAAGGGCUACUGCGUGAAUACUUCAGUCCAGGUUUGACUGAAUUAAGCCCUAGGUGGUGUGCCUCCACUGUCCUGGCCCAGGCAAUCAUUGUUUUAGAUGUAUAAAAACGCUGUCCCUGUCUCACUCCUACAUCUUUCACCCUCAAGAAAAACAGGAAUUGUUCGUGCCAUUCCUGAUUUUUAAACACUAAGACAUUGUGCCAUUCCCAUGUUCUUCUUAAAACCACACCCCUUCUUGCCCUCCCCAAUUCUACUGAGUUCCCAGGAGACAGGGACCUAACAUGUGAGUGACUAAACCCCUCACCUAACAUAUGAGUGACUAAACCCCUCACCUAACAUAUGAGUGACUAAACCCCUCACCUAACAUAUGAGUGACUAAACCCCUCACCUAACAUAUGAGUGACUAAACCCUUCACCCAACAUGUGAGUGACUAAACCCCUCACCUAACAUAUGAGUGACUAAACCCCUCACCUAACAUGUGAGUGACUAAACCCCUCACUGUUCCCCAGCCAGCCAGUCAGAUCCCAAUCACUGCUUUCAGCUACUCUGAAAGGCUGAACUCUAUGUCGCCCCGUGGUUACCCCACUAAAGAACAUGGUAGGUACUUAGCGAAGGCCAUUUGGACAUUCGUCACGAGACAUCCCCCAUACCUCAGAAUGUAUUCCAGUUAUAUAAUGUACACGAAGCCCUCCCAUGACCUCGGUAAUCGUCUCCAUAGGACUGAAACAGUAGUGGUGUUCCAAUGUGGAAUGUAAGAAAGACACUUCUGGAUGCAAUACAACUGUUUUCCACAAUAUGCUGGAGGCAUUUGGCAGGCUGUGGGACAGGGCGUGGUGUACAUGUAGACGUAAGCUGGCCCCAGUAUUAUCGCCAGUCUGAGCAUUCUGUUCACUCUGAGGAGGUGGCAUGUCACUAGAACACUGCCUCAAGCCAAGACAUGGCCGCCCUCCUCUAGCACGCUUCUGGCGUAAACAACAUCUGCAUUUUGACUCUCAGAUCAGCCGACCACACUAAAUGUGAUUUUCUGACCAGUCAUGAAAGACAACUAUAAAGUCAAAUAUAUAUAAAAGAUAGUUAUUCACUGCCCUGAGUGUCCCCAACCACAUUCCCUACUGUUCUGGAGCUUUCUGCUUUAUGAGAGCAAAAAAAGCUGACAUCUUUCCCCAUCUGAAACACUCCUCACAUGGGUCACCAAUUGUGUGUUGGAAUUGUAGUAAAUUCACAUAUAGAUCUGGCAUCUUAAUUUGAUUAUGCUUUGAACUUUUGAAUUUUACAUGAAUGCAACAGAAACCAUAGUUCCCUUUUUCUUCAAUUAGGGACAGUUGAGUCAUCCAGUCCAGUCCAAGCAAUAUCAUUUGCAUUCAAAUGGAGGCCAUCUGUUUCCAUUCUGAUCCUGGUACAACAGGAUUCAUUUCCACCUGUGACAAAGAGGUCACAUUAAGAUGUCAGACCUGUAUUAUGUACAUGUGGGUAUGAAUGUGUGUGGGUGUGUUUAUGUUAUCGAGGGCAUGUUGUCUGUCUUAUAUAUACUAUUUAACAUCACCACCGUAAGGUCAGCAGGAUGGUGGCACAAUCUUCUGUGUUGAUUUCGAGCUUCACAGCCCCCAGCACUGUACUGUACUGUUCAUGUGACACCUUCGGAUGGAGAGUUGUGUGUGUCAGCAGUGCUUGAGUGACAAAGGAACAUGGGAAUUCAAACACUGGGCUGCAUUUCAAAAGACCUUCAAGGGAUUAUUAAUUGAAAUGGCAGUCCAGUCGGUAACAAGACGCUGAACCUACAAGCCAUUAACAGAAAAACAGCUAGCAAAUUCUAUCAUUUUCUAUCAUUUGCUGUCUAGCUUAACCCAUAGCUUUGCUCUCUCUCUCUCACCUACUGCUGCAUUAUAAGCCACCCAUGCCAGUAAAACACUUUGUUGAUCAUAAAAAACCAUGAGGCCCUUCUUUCCCCUCUGUCACUCAAUUGCUCUCUAUGACUCUGCACUGUGUGUCCAUAUACACAAAACGCUUUGUUCCUGUAAGCAAUAAUGAAUCUUUGAGUCGCACGUGGAAGUGCUCUGUCAGAGGGUUUGUCUCCGAUGAGCAAGAUGGGACUAGAGCCACAUCAAGUAGGCACCUUAUAUUCACAACUUUUUGUCCUAAUACAACAUGCCUAGCGUUUCACCUGUGAUAAAUUAUGUAAGCGUAGUUAAGAACUGGUAGGAAAGUCUACUGUACAAUCUCCUUUCUACUAUUUCGGGAGAGGCAGGAUCUACAUCUGAAAAAGCAGGUUUUGUUUUCAAAUGUGUCCAUCUAACUCAGACUGGUCAACAGAGGCAAUGGCAUAUGUAAACAUAUCAUCUGAAUACAGAUUCAUGUUACAUGUUUUAAUAGGAAGACAUUAUCUAUAAAUAGUGAAGACAACAGAAAAAAUCUACCCCUACUCUACACUUUUCAUAAUAUAGGCAGGAUAGUUAUUUGUGUACAUAACAUAUAACAAGAAUAGAAAUUUAAACUGUAAUACAUUUAGGAAUGCCAAUCAAACUGGUGCAUACAUUACUUUAUUUUUUUUAAGAAUCUCUGUGAAUAACCUGUAUCCUGGAUAAAGGGACCUACAAGGAAAUCUGGUCAUGUGGACACAGCGGACAGAUUUUAUAAAAUGUUUAGAUGCAACGGCUACAAUGUGGUCACAAUCAGAAUGUGGAUGAGAUCAGAACAAAUAAUAAAUGUUAGCGUAAGGUAUAAACAAGGCAAAAAGUACACCUCUACAUUUGACAGACAUAUUCAAUUAGCUCCAAAGUGAAACACAUCAAAGUGUCUGUAUGUUCGUCGUGCUGCCUGUCACAGGCGGGUUCAAACUCUGUUCACCAAGCUGACCUGAAGACAAACCCAUGACUGGCUCUUCCCAAACCUGCAGGUUAGGUAAACCAGUAAAUAGUGUGUGUCUGUAUCUUCUGUGUUUUUCCUCGUAGUAUACGUGUAUCUUAACUGGUGACUAUUAUCAUGUAUAAAAAUUAGAUAAUCUAUAACAUA